GGAACCCAGCUGCUGGUCCUGGCUGCAGCUCUGUCCUGGCUGCUGUCCUGCCAGACCCCUGGGGGGGGGCAGCUGGUGCCUCCAUGGGGGGGUUCACCAACACCACCCCCCCACACACACAUGCACUGCCUUGGCACCCUGGGGUCACCCCACGGGCCCCGGUUGGGCCCCAGCAAAGGCUGGGCCUCCGCAGCUCCUCCCCAGACUUCGGCAACCGGCUUUCGCUUCCCGGCACCACGGUCGCUGCUCCUCGUCCUCUUCCGCGUCCCCCACCUGCAAGGCCCGGUCCCUGCUCCAUCCCACCGAGCGGCACCCAAGGGACAGACCCUCUUUUCCCUGGAGCGUUUGGGGACGGUGGCACUCGACGGCAGGGAGAUCGGCCUGGCAGCCGUUGGCCUGCUCUGGCCUGUUCUCAGCCGUGGCGUGCCGAGCUGUGCCAUACCGUGCCAACACCCAGGAUCGCCCUGCUGGCAGGGAGCCCGGCGUGCUGGGGCCCUGCCGUGGGUGGUGGCGGGGGAGAGCGUGGCCUCCCCGGGGACCCGGUACAGUGCCGGGCUGGCUGCGGUUUGCCGUGCGGAAGCGCCCUUCCCCGCCGCACGGAAGCAGCCCUGUCCCGGCAUGGCCGUGCUGCGCCCCGGAUGUGGUGUUGCUUCGGCACGGAGACGGACGGGGUGGUGUCCCCCGGUCCCCCCCAGCGCAGCCCCACGGCUGCCUCCAGCAGCAGCUCCGGUGUCCCCGUGUCCCCUCAUGCCCACGUUCCCAGGUCCCUGUGUCCCCAAGUCCCUGAAUCCCGAUGUCCCCAGAUCCCGUUGUCCCCACAUUUCCCCCCCCCCCCCCCAGCAUCCCUGUGUCCCCACCCUGACCCUUGUCCUCGUCGGGGUGAUGCAGGCAGGGUUGGUGCCCAGGGUGGCCUCACGGUCCGGGGGAAACUGAGGCACGGUGUGUGCCUGUGUGUCUGUGUUGCCGGACCGGGGGGGGGGGGUGGAUGAGAUUCCUCCCGGGGUCCGCAGGGUCCCCGGGGCUGCGGCACGGCCCCGGGAGCUGGCAGGGAGCGUUGGCGGGCGGGAUCGCCCCCGCCUCCCCCGGGGCAGAUAAAGUCGGCGGGCGGACGGCGUGGCCCCGGGACGGCGGCAUGGCCCGGGGCCCGCUCCUCCUGCUGCUCUGCUGUGCCUCUGCCCUGCUCACUGCAGAGACAGGACAUGGCAUCGAUGCCAACAGCACAGUGUCUCUAAGCAGCUCAAGGACAACCGUGGCACCGUCUCCAUCCAUGACAUCAGGAUCAGCAACACCUUCAUCUCCACCCAACAUGAUCACGGCACUGUCUCCAUCCACGAAACCCAGCUCAGCAACACCUUCAUCUCCACCCAGCACGACCACGGCACUGUCUCCAUCCACGAAACCCAGCUCAGCAACACCUUCAUCUCCACCCAGCACGACCACGGCACUGUCUCCAUCCACGAAACCCAGCUCAGCAACACCUUCAUCUCCACCCAGCACGACCACGGCACUGUCUCCAUCCACGAAACCCAGCUCAGCAACACCUUCAUCUCCACCCAGCACGACCACGGCACUGUCUCCAUCCACGAAACCCAGCUCAGCAACACCUUCAUCUCCACCCAGCACGACCACGGCACUGUCUCCAUCCACGAAACCCAGCUCAGCAACACCUUCAUCUCCACCCAACACGACCGUGGCACCGUCUCCAUCCCACCCAACUGUACCCAGCUCUCCGGCCACAGGGCAUCCAUCCAGCUCGACGGCAGUGCCAGCCCCGACCUCACCUGGGCCCUCCGGGCCCCCUCCUGCUCCCAGCUCGCCAGCGCCCACUGUGAGCCCCAGUCCCAGCAGCACCUUGGCCACCAGCUCCAGAACACCGCCGGUCAUCGGCACCAGCACCGCAGCCGGCAACUCAGCGCAGCCCCCUGCCAAGCCUGACCCCGGCGUGGUCAUCGUCAUCUGCCUCUUCGUCUGCGUACUGGUGGGGGGAGCAGCGAUAUUGCUGGUGUGGCUGUGCCGGCGUUGGACCCCCAGCUUCCAUCACCUGGACGAGGUCCCCAUGAGCAAGGUGACAGAAGGGUCCCCCAUCACCCACCACGCACCCAGGUGACCCCCCCCACCACAGCCCCCCAGGCUCCCCACACGGCUGAAUAAAGAAGCUGCUGCCUUGGCU